AUUAAACACACACAAUAACCCUCUCAAAAAAAUUGGCGGCAACACACACACACACCAUUACUUCUAGGUUUCAUCCACACUCUCCGCCGUGCCCCGCCACGCUCCGCCACAAUGUUCGGAGCUCCGGCAUCCUCCUCCCCGUUCGGCACUCCGUCCUCCACCCCGGCGUUCGGCACACCGUCCUCCACCCCUGCAUUUGGCACACCGUCAUCAACGCCGGCGUUCGGCACACCGUCCUCAACGCCGGCGUUCGGAACGCCGUCAACGUCGUCGUUCGCCACCGGCUUCGGUACCUCACUGUUUUCCUCUCCGUUCUCUCAACAACAACAGCCGCAAACGACGCCGUUUCAGCAGCAGAGUUCUAGUCCGUUUGGAUUUUCGACUCCGUUUACGGCAACGACUCAGGCGAAUAAUAAUCUGUUUGGACAGACGACGCCCGCUGCGACGCCGUUUAAUGCUCAGUUGACUACUCAGAUGGCUCCUGUUGCUCCGCUUCCGUUCUCUCUUGCCGAUCGAGAUAUUCAGGCAAUACUUGAUGCUUACAAGGAUGAAGUUACGAACCCUAAGUAUGCUUUUAAGCACUUGCUGUUUAGUGUGACUGAGCCACAAUUUAGGGCAAAGCCUGCUGGUGUAUCGGAUAUAAUGUGGGCAGAGGCAAUGGGUAAGCUAGAAGGUAUGGAGGCUUCCAACCGUGAACGUCUUUGGCCUCAACUUGUUAAGGGCUUCAAAGAUCUUUCUGAACGUCUUAAGGUUUGUUGACGUGUACAACCCCGAAGAGCACUCAUGGUGCGAGAUGAAAAACGGAUGCGUGAUGGUGACUGCUCACGCCGUAGUGGGAAAAAAGCUAUUUUGUAUGGAAUGGAAAAACCAACGAAAACUCGCCAUUUUCAACCCUGAAGAUAACUCAUGGAAGAUGGUCGGGGUCCCGGUUAUUGGAAGCUCGAGUGUCGGGUUUCGGUUUGGUAUAAUUGAAGAUAAACUAUUGCUUUUUUCACUUGAAGAAGAACAAGGAGGAUUCAACACACUUUUGUAUGACCCAACUGCGACUCCUGGGUCCGAAUGGCAAGUUUCGAAGAUUAAACCGUCUGGUUUAUGUUUGUGUUGUGUCACAAUUAAGGCGUAAUGAUUGAUUGACCAUUAAGGUUUAUAAAAUUAUUGAUUUGAAUGUGUUGUUUUGUAAGAAUAAGGGAUUUUGGUUAUGUUUUAGAACUUGAAAGGAAGUUGUUAAUGUGGUUAUUCUUAGAUUUGUUUGAACAGAAGUUGCUGUUGAUGUGGUGAUAAAUGGAUUUGUUUUGAGUUGUU